AUGCCGUCGCCCGACGACGAGGACCGCGAGCGUCGCCGGAGCCGCCGGAGGGACCUUCUGCUGAGCCAGCUCUGCUUCCUGGCCUUGGUGGCGCUGCUGCUCUGGUCGCUGUCGAGCAUGCAAGAGCAUAAUGACCUCGACUUCAUGGACCUCCUAGGGGAAGACCGACAGUGGACGGUAGGGAGGAAGUUAAUGCAGGUGAAUGACACUCUGACUUCAGAAGAUGCAGGACUCCGGAGCAGCAAGAACUGCACUGAACCAGCCCUGCACGAAUUCCCCAAUGACAUCUUCACCAAUGAGGAUCGAAGACAGGGGGCGGUAGUUCUCCACGUGCUCUGCGCCAUGUACAUGUUCUACGCGCUGGCCAUUGUGUGUGACGACUUCUUUGUCCCCUCCUUGGAAAAGAUUUGUGAGCGCCUGCACCUCAGUGAAGAUGUGGCUGGGGCCACGUUCAUGGCAGCAGGCAGUUCGGCCCCAGAGCUGUUCACAUCCGUCAUAGGGGUCUUCAUCACCAAGGGCGACGUGGGAGUCGGGACCAUCGUGGGCUCUGCAGUGUUUAAUAUCCUGUGCAUCAUCGGUGUCUGCGGGCUCUUUGCUGGGCAGGUUGUGGCUCUUUCCUCCUGGUGCCUGCUGAGGGAUUCAAUUUACUACACUCUGUCUGUGGUGGCGCUCAUCGUGUUCAUUUAUGAUGAACAAGUUUCCUGGUGGGAGUCUUUAGUCCUCGUGCUGAUGUAUCUCAUCUAUAUCGUCAUCAUGAAAUAUAAUGCUUGCAUCCAUCAGUGCUUCGAAAGGAGGACGAAAAGUGCUGGAAACAUGGUCAAUGGCUUGGCCAACAAUGCUGAAAUUGACGACAGCAGCAACUGUGACGCAACUGUGGUGCUACUGAAGAAAGCCAAUUUCCACCGCAAAGCGUCAGUGAUUAUGGUAGAUGAGCUGCUGUCAGCUUACCCUCACCAGCUUUCUUUCUCUGAGGCUGGACUUCGAAUCAUGAUCACCAGCCAUUUUCCUCCCAAGACCCGACUCUCCAUGGCCAGUCGCAUGUUGAUCAAUGAGAGACAAAGACUGAUAAACAGUAGGGCCUAUGCCAAUGGAGAAUCGGAGGUGGCCAUCAAAAUCCCAAUUAAGCACACCGUGGAGAAUGGGACAGGGCCCAGCAGUGCCCCAGACAGAGGCGUGAAUGGGACUCAGAGGGAUGAUAUUGUUGCAGAGGCUGGUAAUGAGACAGAGAAUGAGAAUGAAGACAAUGAGAACAACGAGAAUGACGAAGAGGAAGAGGAGGAUGAGGAUGAUGAUGAAGGACCUUACACGCCAUUCGACCUCCCCUCUGGAAAACUGGAAACAGUGAAGUGGGCGUUCACCUGGCCACUGAGCUUUGUCUUAUACUUCACUGUACCCAACUGCAACAAGCCGCGCUGGGAAAAAUGGUUUAUGGUGACAUUUGCUUCUUCCACGUUGUGGAUAGCAGCCUUCUCCUACAUGAUGGUAUGGAUGGUGACGAUCAUUGGAUACACGCUGGGAAUUCCUGAUGUCAUCAUGGGGAUCACCUUCCUGGCAGCUGGAACCAGUGUGCCCGAUUGCAUGGCUAGCCUCAUCGUGGCCAGACAGGGCAUGGGAGACAUGGCAGUAUCCAACUCUAUCGGGAGCAACGUGUUUGAUAUCCUCAUUGGCCUUGGUCUCCCAUGGGCCCUGCAGACCCUGGCUGUGGAUUAUGGAUCCUACAUUCGGCUGAACAGCAGAGGACUGAUCUACUCCGUGGGCUUACUCCUGGCCUCUGUCUUUGUCACGGUGUUUGGCGUUCACUUGAACAAGUGGCAGCUGGACAAGAAGCUCGGGUGCGGGUGCCUUUUCCUGUACGGCGUAUUCCUGUGCUUCUCCAUCAUGACGGAGUUCAACGUGUUCACGUUUGUGAACUUGCCCAUGUGCGGCGACCACUGACCCGCCCGGCCGCCCACCGAGCCUUGGGCCUCCUUUUCUGUGCAAUACAAGAUCCAGCCGCACCCCGAGUCACGCGGGCUGCCCCCGUCCCCGGGGCCGGGGCCUCUGGCUCUCCCGCGCUGGUCACAGGCCUCCGCUC